GCCAUGCCAAGUGUGGCUGUUUUCUUAGGAAGAUGAGUUCGCUGUCCAUGGUGAGAUGUGUUCCAUCUUGCCACCAGGCGUUUCCUGCUCUGGCUUCACCACUUCAGGACAUGACCACUUGAUAGCUCCUGGCGGUUGUGGGGAGCAAUCUAGUUCAGCUUUCACUGUCUCGGAGGGAGUUUCCAUCCCAAUGCCCAAGGACUCACCAUUUGAGCUUAGUCCCAACAGCUCCCAGUGAGGUGCAAAAUAUGCACAUUGGAGGCAAUGUGAGAACAAGGACAGCUGAUACUGAGAAAAAGAGUGAUUAAGAGAUGGAGAAGAAGAAAACAUGGAGGCAUAGCCCAGAAAUCCUCCUUCUCUGCCUCUGAGAAACCCACACAGACAAGCAGGACAAAGGAAUCAAGAUCACUCCAGUGUGGACAGUCAACCUUUCAAACCCAAUAUCACUUGCUCUCAUGUAGCUGAAGGCGAAGCAGUUUGUAUGGUCUCCUUAGGUCCAGGAGAGGAGUUCUCAACUGUUCCCUUGUGUCUGCAGUGGCUCACAUUUAGGGUGACGUGGGAUAGGACUUCUGCUCAAGUUACCACAGCUACCUACAACAGGGCAUUGGAUAAGGGUGGAAUCCUGGGAGUUUGAAGUCAUUUGGGUAGCAGGCAGUAGAGCAGAUGUCUAACCCACCUGUGUGUUUUCAAGUGAGGGCACUUGAGCCCAGUGUGGAGCAGCAUGUGCUUUGCAGUGAGAGGACACUUGGUUAAGGUUGCUGACAAUUCAGAACAAACAUCUGAAGGCUCCCAAGGAAUGAACACCAAGGCUGUAGUGCCACAGAGGCUGUCAUUGGUGUGGAAGCUGUUACCAUUAGAGCCUGCUGCUUACCAGCAAGGAUGAUCAGAACAAUCCUAUUUACCAACUGAGAAGGGGCUCAAAAGGGGAUACAGGCAACUUCAGAAGGGAUGUUGAGGACCACGAGAGCCCUGUGGGCAUUUAAGAUUGAGUUCUUAAAUUGUUCUAUAGGCACUUACAAGAAUUGAAGAAGGAGGUAUGACGUCAUAGUCACCAUGGCCAACUAUCCGUAUGGGCAGCCUUUCCCGGAAGCUGCAGGACAGGCACCUGGAGCACCCCCAGGUGGCUACUACCCUGGACCGCCCCAUGGUGGGGGCCAGUAUGGCAGUGGACUUCCCCCUGGCGGUGGUUACGGAGGUCCUGCCCCCGGAGGGCCCUAUGGAUACCCCAGUGCUGGGGGACUCCCUUCUGGAACUUCAAGUGGACCAUAUGGUGGUGUACCUCCAGGGGGCCCCUACGGUCAGCCACCUCCAAGUUCCUAUGGUGCCCACCAGCCUGGACCUUAUGGACAGGGUGGUGUUCCCCACAAUGUGGACCCUGAGGCCUACUCCUGGUUCCAGUCAGUGGAUGCCGAUCACAGUGGCUAUAUCUCCCUCAAGGAGGUGAGGCAGGCCCUAGUCAACUCCAACUGGUCCUCAUUCAAUGAUGACACGUGCCUCAUGAUGAUAAACAUGUUUGACAAGACCAAAACCGGCCGCAUUGAUGUCGUCGGCUUCUCAGCCCUUUGGAAGUUCCUCCAGCAGUGGAAGAGCCUCUUCCAGCAGUAUGACCGGGACCGCUCUGGAUCCAUUAGCUCCGCAGAGCUGCAGCAAGCUCUGUCCCAAAUGGGCUACAACCUGAGCCCACAGUACCAGCUCCUGGUUUCUCGCUACUGCCCACGCUCUGCCACUCCUGCCAUGCAGCUCGAUUGCUUCAUCAAGGUGUGUACCCAGCUGCAGGUGUUGACUGAGGCCUUCCUGGAGAAGGACCCUGCUGUACAGGGCAACAUUCGGCUCAGCUUUGAGGACUUCGUCACCAUGACAGCAUCUCAGAUGCUAUAACCCAGCCUACCCAAUGGGAGUGGAGCACACCAAGGGAUGUGGCCUCUCUUCCUUUCCUCCUCUCAGGUCAGGUGAGCCCAGUUUCUGCAAAGUGGAAUCACACUGAGCAUGAAGGAGAUUUGCUGGGACCAAUGCCUGGGAUUCCUCAACUCCCACAAUCCUUAUGUGUUAGCAUUAGUUUACCUGAGGCUUUGCCUGCUCAAGAAGCUUGGACAGUCUGCCAUUUUGGUCAUAUCUUAUGAGGUUCCUGCCCUCCACAACUUGGACCCCUCAUCGGCUGCCAUGUUCCACUCAGCUUCAGUCCCCAGGGGACAGUUGUCACAUCUUCCUGCCAAUGUUUUUAAUUUGCUUUUUUUCCCCAUUUGGGGCCAAAAGUCUAGGAAGCUAUUAGCUUCAAUAAAAGACUCUACAGUUCCAUGUUUCCAAAAAAAAAAAAAAGAAUUGAAGAAGGCACUGGAGACUUCCAAAAGAAGUUAUUUUCAGGAUACAAGUUAAAGCUUUAGUUAGGAGCAAAUUUGUUUGCCUCCUUCCCUGCUUUCCUUCCAUAGCUUUCUCUUCCAUAGACUCAUCCUGUCCUGUCAACAGCAUCCCUGCAUCCUUCACUCAAGUUUACACGGAGCGUUUGUGCUUUCCACAUGUCUGUGCUGAAAAUGUUCCCUGUACUCCAUUUUCCUCUCAUUCUGCCACACAAACUUCUUCUCUCUCUCUCUCUCUCUCUCUCUCUCUCUCUCUCUCUCUCUCUCUCUCUCUCUCUCACACACACACACACACACACACACACACACACACGUGCAUGCUUGUGCCAGCUACUAGCUAUAGCCAUUCCUUUCUCCAGGGAACGCUUCCUAAUUCCCCAAUAUGAUUUCUUUUUUUCAGUGCUGAGGUUGUAGCUCAAGACCCCACAAGGGCUAGACAAGAGCUCAGUCACUGAGAUUCCACAGCCCCUUUGGUGUGACCCUGCUGUUGUUUCUCUGUUCCUCAGCAGUAUUCACAUCUUUAGUGAUUUUAACAUAACACGCCAUGCUACAUACCAUGCCUUUUUAGUCAUUUAAAGUUUCUUGAGUGAGGUCCCAUGUUUGUUUGACUGUAUAGUGCUGUGAGCUAAAUACCUCCCCCCAAGGGGGAGUGGAGUCAUGCUUACAUCAGACUGUGCUGGUCUAGUUGACUGAUUGGAAUUUUUUGACUUCAGGGAGUUGGGAGUUUGCAUGCCUGUGUAAUCAAAUUACACAUAGCUAUCACUAGCUCCUUAAUAGCCAUUUAUUUCCCACCUUUGUGUCGGACCUAAUAUCUUUCUAAUCAUCACCUGGAACCUUUGGGGUACUAACUUAAAAGCACACUAGCUUCCAGCAACCCCACAUGGCAUCUGAGACCUACAGCAGAGAUUUCCCAACUGUGCUAAACCCACCCACCUGAUGCUUUCACCAAUGGAUUUGAAAAUCAAGCAAACCAAACAGAAAGAAACCUUGAUUCCUGACUUUCUUUUGUUCUGUAACUAUAAAACCUUCAUAAAAUUGUUCUCCCAGUUGAGCAGGAGGUAACCUGAAUUCCUGUUGCCAGGCCAUGGUGACUCAUAUUUGGUUCAAGAAUAAGUCCUAUCUUAUUUUCUCUGAGGUGAGAGCUAUGUUUUAUGAUAAUUGUCUCUGUAAGUAACAUGGAAUCAGUAGAUGGCACAAAAAUAGAUUGAAAUGUAUGUUUAAAUUAAUAAAAUGAAUGAUGAGCAGAUGGAGUUUGUAUUCAGAUAUGACCUCCCAUGUGUCUUUAUAAAUGUAAUCUAAAUGUUAAUAGUAACUUAGUUAUGCACCAAGUAUG